GUUUUAGUUCAAAUAGGCGGACGUGACGUCAGAAGGCGUGCGCGAGAUUUAAAAAGCAGCGCAACAAGAUAUUUUGAACGUAACUUGGAGCCUUGGUCCUUACAACAAUGAAACCAGUUGUGAGCUCUCCACCGUCACGGAGGAAAGCACGCCCCCCUCAGCGAAGGUCUCCUCCUCCUCCUUCUCCUCGAUCGCGACCCCCUCAGCGAAGGUCUCCUCCUCCUCCUUCUCCUCGAUCGCGACCCCCUCAGCGAAGGUCUCCUUCUCCUCCAUCACCAGAGCCUUCCACAAGUCCUAGGAGAAAGAGAGCUUCUGGUCACAGGAGGCGGUUCAGGCCGGGUACUCGAGCUCUGAUGGAGAUACGCAAAUAUCAGAAAUCUACUGAGCUCCUCAUCAGAAAGGCCCCAUUCCAAAGACUGGUCAGGGAGGUCGGCAUGAUGUGCACACGUGGGGUGUCUUAUAUGUGGCAGUCGAUGGCAAUCUUGGCUCUGCAAGAAGCAGCAGAAGCUUUCCUUGUACGUCUUUUUGAAGAUUCCUAUCUCUGCAGUAUCCACGCUAAGCGAGUCACCCUCUUCGUUAAGGACAUGCAGCUAGCUCGACGCAUAAGGGGAAUCCAGGAAGGACUGGGUUGAGAGCAUUACCCUUUCACUUUUACCCCAGAGCAUCCCCCAAUGAAUUGCUCCUUGAUGAUUCCUUUGUUUCUUAAAUAUGGUUAUCCUAAAUAAUAUGGAUCUUAAAAUUGCGGAUUACAUCCUUGUAGUGAGGACAAUCCUAUACCAUCGUUGGACAUUUAUUUUAAAAAGUGUUUUAAUUUAUCGGUAUUCAAGGAUGAAACUACAUUUUAUUAUGUUUGUUUUAUACAACGCUUGCUGGGAGAAACAUGGUGAGGAAGUAUGGAGCUCCUUCUUCACACCUUCACGUGCAUGAAUUUCAUGAGCAAUAGCCAAGUCAACCUUGCUAUUGGCUGCAGGGCCUGUCUGUUGUGACCUCAGCUGUGAUAGAAUCUAUCAUCCGAAGUGGGAAACUCUGUGUCCCAAAAAAAAAGAGACCAAAUGUCUUUACCCAAAAAAUAAAAAUGAUAUUACAAAGUUUUAUAUCUUCAAUUUGAAUAUAACUUUUUCUACUGUAGAAUAGUGUUUUAAUAUGUUUUUACAAUUCUAAUAAACAGAACUAUGUAUA